GCUGGUGGGCGGGGCCGGCCGGUGCUCCGCAGCUGAGUGUGACAGACAGAGCCGGCCGGCCGCCUGGGCCCCCAGAGACCCCGCCAUGGUUCGUGCGGGCGCCGUGGGGACGCAUCUCCCCACGUCCAGCCUGGACAUCUUUGGGGACCUGAGGAAGAUGAACAAACGACAGCUCUACUACCAGGUUUUAAACUUUGCCAUGAUCGUGUCUUCUGCGCUCAUGAUCUGGAAAGGCCUGAUUGUUCUCACGGGCAGCGAGAGUCCCAUCGUGGUGGUACUCAGUGGCAGUAUGGAGCCGGCCUUCCACAGGGGAGAUCUGCUGUUCCUCACAAAUUUCCGGGAGGACCCCAUCAGAGCUGGUGAAAUAGUUGUUUUUAAGGUUGAAGGAAGAGACAUUCCGAUAGUUCACAGAGUAAUCAAGGUUCAUGAAAAAGAUAAUGGUGACAUCAAGUUUCUGACUAAAGGAGAUAAUAAUGAAGUUGAUGAUAGAGGCUUGUACAAAGAAGGCCAGAACUGGCUGGAGAAGAAGGACGUGGUAGGAAGAGCUCGAGGGUUCUUACCUUAUGUUGGCAUGGUCACCAUCAUAAUGAAUGACUAUCCAAAAUUCAAGUAUGCUCUUUUGGCUGUGAUGGGUGCAUAUGUGUUACUAAAACGUGAAUCCUAACAUGAGAAGCAGUUCCUGGGACCAGACCGAAGUAAAUUCUGUUGAAAAAGAGAAAAGCUAAUAUAUUUGAAAUGUUCCACUUUCUGUAUAAAGAGAAACCAGGUGGGGAUGUUUUUGUCUUAUCUAAAUAAAUGAUUCACCAGUAAA